AUGGAGAGCCCGGUGGUCCCCUGCGUCCUCUACCCGGGCGACGGAGCGUGCGGCCAGGCCGGGGGCCGGGGCGGCGCUCCCGAGGCUCCGGGAGAGGGCAGCCUGCAGCCGCCGGACGCGGCCGAGGGGGAGGGCGCGGCGUCCCCGGCGCAGACACCCUGCAGCCUCAGCGCGUCCCUGUGUUUCAGCUCCGGGGACGACUCCCCGCCGCAGUCUCGCGCCUCCUCCGCGGCGGAGGACGCAGCGGCCUCGCCGCCCUCGUGUCGCAGCGGCCGGGGGGUGGUGGAGAGGCAGUGGGGCGUCGGCAGCGCGGGCGCCGCGUCCCCGGAGGAGCCAGCGUUCCCGGAAGACUCCGCGUCCCCCGAGGAGCCCGCGUUUCCCGGGGAGCGCCCGCCGGCCAAGGAGCCCGCGUCCCCGGAGGAGCCCGCGGAUCCCGCGCCCGUGCCCCCCGGCGUCGGUCCGGAGCACGGAGAGCCCGACCUGCUCAUCGAGGUCUCGGGCCGCCGGCUGCGGGCGCAUAAAGCGGUGCUGGCGGCGCGCAGCGACUACUUCCGCGCGCGCGCGUCCCGGGACGUGCUGCGGGUGCAGGGCGUGGGCUGGGCGGCGCUGCGGCUGCUGCUGGCCUACGCGUACAGCGGGCGCAUGGCGGGCGUGCGCCCAGACAACGUGGCCGACGUAGUGGCCGGCGCGCGCCGCUUGCAGCUGCCCUGCGCCGCGCAGCGCGCCACCGAUGCUGUGGCGCCGCAGCUGAGCCUGGCCAACUGCUUCGAGGUGCUGACCGCGGCCAAGCGGCAGCGGCUGGCCGAGCUGCGCGAGGCCGCCUACCGCUUCAUGAGCGACCAUUACCUGGAGGUGCUGCGCGAGCCUGCCGUCUUCGGGCGCCUGUCGGGAGCCGAGCGCGACCUGCUGCUGCGCCGCCGCCUACGCGCCGGCCGCACCCGCCUGCUGGCCGCCGCCCUCGGGCCGGCCGGGGAGCGCGCGGGCAGCCGGCCGCAGAGCCCCUCGGGAGACGCGGAGGGCCGCGGCGAGGCCGCCGUCUACUGCUUCCACGAGGCGGCUGGCGAGUGGCGCGAGCUGACGCGGCUGCCGGAGGGCGCGCCGGCGCGGGGCUGCGGCCUCUGCGUGCUCUACAACUACCUCUUCGUGGCUGGAGGCGUGGGGCCCGCGGGCCCCGACGGCCGCGCCAGGCCCUCCGACCGGGUCUUCUGCUACAACCCGGCCACUGAUCGCUGGAGCACCGUGAGGCCGCUGCGCCAGGCGCGCUCGCAGCUGCAACUGCUGGCCCUGGACGGCCACCUGUACGCCGUGGGUGGCGAGUGCCUGCUCAGCGUGGAGCGCUACGACCCGCGCGCCGACCGCUGGGCUGCCGUGGCCCCGCUGCCCCGGGGCGCCUUCGCCGUGGCGCACGAGGCCACCACGUGCAACGGCGAGAUCUACGUGUCCGGGGGCUCCCUUUUCUACCGCCUGCUCAAGUACGACCCGCGGCGCGACGAGUGGCAGGAGUGCCCGUGCAGCAGCAGCCGCGAGCGCUCAGCCGACAUGGUGGCCCUGGACGGCUUCAUCUACCGCUUCGACCUGUGUGGGGCCCGCGGCGACGCGCCGGCGGCCGUGCCGGCCGGGGGGGUCAGCGUGCUCCGUUACCACUGCCUGGCUAAGCAGUGGAGCCGCUGCGCCUCGCACCUGCGGCCCCCGGGCGCGCCCUCGGGCCUGCAGCCCUUCCGCUGCGCCGCGCUGGAGGGCACCAUCUACUGCGUGAGCCGCGCGGGCACCUGGCGCUUCGUGCCGCCCGCCGAGGGCGAGCCUGGCGCCGGUGACACGGGCCCGGAAGGCAGCUUUGAGCUCCAUUCGCUCCAAACCCCGGCGGACGCCCGGGGCCUGCUCUUCCCGUUCGUGCUCAACUUGCCGGAGGAGAAGCCGGACCGAGGGGAGGAGGGCGCCGUGUAAGAUGGGCCGGGUGGCCACUCGGCAUGGCCCUCCGCGGCCCGAAACAGGGAACGCCCCGUGGGCCGAGGUCCCAACUGGGAACCCGGAAUGGCGCAAGGGGAGCGGAGGCGAGGGGAGAGGGUCGGGGGUGGGCGCUGCCCACGGGGAUCACAUAGGAGGUAGUGUUUGUUGCAGGGCCUGGGAGACCGUGUCCAACGCUGCCUCAAGGCCCCCUUUCUACUCUGCUUUCCUUCUGCUUUGCUUUGCUUUGCUUAAGGGGGGGUCGAUGGCUUAAGAUGCAGGAUGUGAGCAAAUAACUUUGCAAAUAAGAUACAACAUACCUGAGAAAGAAGGAAACAGAAUCAGAGACCGCUUCAGGGUGCAGUGGGUGGGCUUGAGUUCUGUGGGCUGCGGGGUGCCAGCCCCCUUGUUACUGCCCGCUGAGAAGGCCCUGGGAAACACGGAGGGGCUCCCAGACUAGAGUCCUAAAAUGAGGCCAGUGUGAACUAUAUUCCUGGAAACACCUGAAAGAAGGUCAUACUAUUUUUAGCUUGGAGUUUAAAAUUAUAACCGAUAAAUCAAGCUCUUAAAACUUUUCUAAUUUAGUUUAAAAGUUCCUGCCCUAUGUGCUCAACUUGCAAUUGGCUCAACUCCAAAUGUAAGAAGUGUUAAAGAUGAAAUUUUUGAUUCCCAAUAAGGUCUUCCGUCCAGUGAGCACUGGAGAUAUUUCCUGUCAUCGAAGGGGCCCCAGACGGGGUCAGAGGUCCACACACCUGAGAGCAGGUCCCUCUCAUCACCUAACUGAGGUGGGUUUAAUACUUUCAAUUUAAAGGGUGUAUUAUGUUCUGGAGAAGGCAAUGGCACCCCACUCCAGUACUCUUGCCUGGAAAAUCCCAUGGAUGGAGGAGCCUGGUAGGCUG